AUGAAUUUCGGAUUAAAGAAUGCUGGGGCUACAUACAUGAGGGCAAUGACCACCAUGUUUCACGACAUGAUCCACAAGGAAAUUGAAGUUUAUGUGGAUGAUGUCAUCAUCAAAUCAAAGAAGGGUUCAAAUCAUCUAGAUGAUCUGCGAAAGCUCUUUGCCAGGCUACGCAAGUAUAACUUGAAGUUGAAUCCUGCAAAAUGUGUCUUUGGGGUUCCUGCUGGAAAGCUUCUGGGUUUCAUUGUCAGCCGCCGGGGUAUAGAACUGGAUCCAUCGAAAAUCAAAUCCAUUCGUGAUCUACCUCCGCCAAAGAGUAAGAAAGAGUCUACUGUCAUUUGUGAGCCUAUCUUCAAGCUGUUGAAGAAGGAUGCUGCGGUGAAAUGGAUAGACGAAUGUCAACAAGUCUGCAUUUUGGGGAAACAUGAUGAGACUGGAAAGAAGGAGCAGGCGAUAUAUUACAUGAGCAAGAAGUUUACAUCAUACGAGGCUCGAUACUCUCUAUUGGAGCGUACCUGUUGUGCUGUAACUUGGGUCGCCCAGAAACUGCGACACUACCUCUCCUCGCACACUACUUAUCUGAUUUCAAGGAUGGAUCCUCUGAAGUAUAUCUUUCAAAAGCCCAUGCCUACAGGUAAACUGGCUAAAUGGCAGAUAUUACUGAGCGAGUUUGACAUAGUGUAUGUUACACAGAAGGCAAUGAAGGCACAAACAUUAGCAGAUCAUAUGGCGGAGAACCCUGUAGAUGAUGAUUAUAGACCGUUGAAGACUUACUUCCCAGACGAAGAAGUAGCUUUUGUCGGGGAAGACAUUUCUAAAGAAUAUGAUAGUUGGAGGAUGUUCUUUGAUGGAGCUAAGAACUUGAGCGGAUCCGGCAUCGGAGCUGUUUUGAUCUCACCAACUCGGCAACAUUAUCCGGUAUCAGCCAAACUCAGGUUCCUUUGCUCAAAUAAUAUGUCUGAAUAUGAAGCUUGCACAUUGGGACUCCAACGUGCUAUCGACUUGGAUAUCCAAGAAAUGUUGAUAAUAGGAGAUUCAGACCUAUUGAUUCAUCAGGUCCAAGGCGAAUGGGUUACCAAGAAUCGAAAGUUGUUACCAUACUUGGAGUGCGUGCAUAGGUUGUGUAAAAGGUUCAUCAAGGCAGAAUUCAAACAUGUGCCAAGGAUCCAACAUGAAUUCGUAGAUGCCUUAGCCAUUUUUUCUUCCAUGAUUCAACAUCCUGAUCAUAAUUACAUUGAUCCUAUUUACAUCCACAUAUACGAGCAAUUAACAUACUGUUUUCAUAUUGAGGAAGAGCCUGAUGGAAAGCCUUGGUACGAUGACAUUCGAGGAUAUUUGAAAAGCGGUAAGUAUACAGAGGAUGCAACAAGUGUACAAAAGCGUACAAUUCGGAGGUUAGCGAAUCAAUUCUUUCUAAGUGGAGAAAUCAUUUAUAGGAGGACUCCCGACUUGAGGUUGCUAAGGUGCGUCGAAGCUGGAGAAGCUAGUGGACUGAUUGAAGAGAUACAUGUAGGAACAUGUGGUCCUCACAUGAAUGGUUUUACAUUGGCCAAGAAGAUCCUAAGAUCGGGAUAUUUCUGGCUAACUAUGGAAACAGACUGUAUUCGCUAUGUUAAAAAAUGUUACCAAUGUCAGACUCAUGCAGAUAUGAUUCGAGUUCCUCCCAACGAACUCCAUGUUACUAGUUCACUUUGGCCCUUUGCAGCUUUGGGCAUGGACGUCAUUGGUCCAAUCGAGCCAGCAGCAUCCAAUGGACAUAGAUUCAUUCUGGUUGCAAUCGACUACUUCACCAAGUGGGUCGAAGCUAGCUCCCACAAAUUAGUGACAAAGAAGGUUGUGGAUGACUUUGUAAAAAAUAACAUCAUCUGUAGAUUCGGAAUUCCUGAGUCCAUCAUCACUAAUAAUGGAACCAACCUAAAUAGUGAUUCGAUGAGAUCAUUUUGCGAGAAAUUCAAGAUCAGUCAUCGAAAUUCUACAGCAUAUAGACCACAGAUUAAUGGAGCUAUUGAGGUUGCAAACAAGAACAUCAAGAGGAUAUUACACAAAAUGAUCGACAAUCAUAGACACUGGCAUGAAAAGCUACCAUUUGCAUUGCAGGGAUAUCGUACCAGCAUCAGAACUUCUACUGGGGCUACACCUUAUUUUCUAGUAUAUGGUAAUGAAGUUGUGAUACCUGCUGAAGUAGAGAUACCAUCUCUAAGGAUUAUUCAGGAAGCGGAGUUGAGUGAUGUUAAAUGGAUACAAGUUCGGGCGGAGAAUCUGGCAUUAAUAUAUGGAAGAAGAAUUAAUGCCAUUUGUCAUGGUCAACUCUAUCAAAAUAGAAUGGCCAGAGAGUUUAACAAGAAGGUUAGACCCAGACACUUCUCACCUAGGCAACUGGUUUUGAAGCGGAUUUUCCCAAAUCAAGAUGAAGCAAGGGGUAAAUUCUCACCAAACUGGCAAGGCCCAUACAUAGUCUCUCGGGUAUUAACAGGCGGAGCCCUCAUACUUGCAGAAAUGGAUGGAGAAGUUUGA